AUGUCGUCCUUCAAUCAGUCCAAACAUGUGCCAGAUGCCACCGUGAUCAUGCAACAGGGCUACCAACCAUUGGACCCAGUCAACACUACUGGCUUGCUGACAGAAUUUGUCCUCUUGGGCUUCCCGUCCCUCACACCCCUCUUCCGCCUGCUCCUGGGCUCUCUGCUGUCCAUUUGCUACACCUUCACCCUAGUGGGAAACCUUUGCAUUGUGUGGGCCGUUCUCCGGGACUCUCGCCUCAGCCACCUGCCCGUGUACAUCCUCCUGGGGAAUUUCUCCGGGCUGGAGAUGUGCUAUGUAACAACCACAGCACCACGGAUGCUAUCAGACUUGACGUCCCCACCACCAGCCACCAUCUCUUUCCACAGCUGCUUCCUCCAGUUCUACUUUUUCUUUUCUAUGGGAACCACCGAGAGCUUCUUCUUGGCUGCCAUGGCCUUGGAUCGGUACUUGGCUAUCUGCCACCCACUCCGUUACCCGAUGCUCAUGUCCCAGAGGUUUUGUGGCCAGCUCGCUGCUUCCUGCUGGCUCUGUGGCUUCUUGUGGUUCUUGGCACCCAUCGCACUGAUUUCCCAGCUCCGUUUCUGUGGCCCCAAUGUUCUCGAUCAUUUCCUCUGCGACCCAGGCCCUCUGCUGGCCUCUUCCUGCGCGCCAGCCCCUGGCACCGAGAUGGCCUUCUACAGCCUCAGCUCAACUGCCAUUUUCGGACCGUUCGUCUUCAUCGUGUGCUCCUACGUGGCAGUCCUGCGAGCAGUGACCAAGCUGCCUUCGGCUGCGGGAAGGCAAAAGGCCUUUUCCACAUGCACAUCACAUAUGGCUGUGGUGGGCCUUUUUUACGGCUCCAUCAUGGUCACUUACGUUGUCCCUGAAGCUUCGGGGGGUGGCAACAAGGUGGUGACCCUCUUCUAUGCAGUGGUGACUCCCUUGCUCAACCCACUUAUCUACAGCCUGAGGAACAAGGAGAUGAAAGAUGCCUUGAAAAGGACACUGUGGGGAAAAUAG